CUCUCUAACCUCGGCUCUCUUUGAAUUCGAGUUCAAAUAUCAAUGGAAACCCUACUAACUGAGUCUGUGCAAAACAGUCUUGGCCAUUUUAUGUACCACAACGCCAUUUUCAUGUGUGAACGACUCUGUGCCGAGUUCCCCUCUGAGACAAAUAUGAAGCUUUUAGUUGGCUGCUACCUGCACAACCAACAGGCUUAUGCUGCAUAUCAUCUUCUCAAGGGGACAAGUAUGGCUCAAUCCCGCUACUUGUUUGCACUAUCAUGCUUUCAGAUGGAUCUUCUCACUGAAGCUGAGACAGCACUUUGCCCUCCUAAUGAGCCAACUGCAGAGGUUCCAAAUGGUGCAGCUGGGCAUUACCUUCUUGGUCUUAUUUACAGGUUAUUCGUAAGAGUAGUUGAGAGAUAUGAGCAUAUCAAGUACAAUUUAUGUUCAAUUUUUUAAUUAAAUUAAAGUUAGAUGAAACAAUUACUUAAGUGAAGAACAAAUAACUUUGUAAUAAAUUAUUAUGCGAUUUUAUAAUUUUUGUUUAUUUGAUAAGAUUGAAUAAACAAUUGGGGCUAUU